AUGCUCAGCCCAGCACUUCUCAAGGUUUCCAUGAAUCGCAGGUCAUCGGCUCCUGUUGCAAAUGACGAUAAGCCGACUCAUCAGAAUCGAAACAGGACCCCUUCUUGUCUGCAAACAAUGAACGAGGAUCAAGAAAUGCACUUUCAAAAGGAUCGAAUAAUUGAAGGAGGAAGUGCCACCUCAAUAUUGGUGAUUGAUCAUCCACUCGAGACGGCUCCGGUCUCAAGACGAAGUUCGUUUAUGGGACCACCAAUCAAUACGACUUUCGAGAAGAAAAUUCGCAAAAACUCAUCGGUAAAUAUCUCGUGA